AUGCACGAUUUUCCAUCUUUAGGCAUUGUAAAUAGUUUCAUUACAUUGUGGCCCUUCAACAUGGAAGGAACAAAGUGGAAACGCAAGUCCAUUGUUACUGCUGCGCUGACUAUCCUUACAAGUUCACAAGCUAUACUAAUUGUGUGGUCCAAAAGAGCUGGCAAGUACGAGUACAGUGUUACCACUGCCAAUUUUCUGGUAGAGGCUCUCAAGUGUGCAUUAUCCCUUGCAGCCCUGGCAAGAAUCUGGAGAAGCGAAGGAGUUACUGAAGAUAACAGGUUAAGUACUACGCUGGAUGAAGUCAUUGUUUACCCGAUUCCUGCAUUUCUUUACCUAGUAAAGAAUUUGUUACAGUAUUACAUCUUUCAAUAUGUUGAUGCUCCAGGAUAUCAGAUACUGAAAAAUCUGAACAUUAUCAGCACAGGCAUACUCUAUCGCAUUAUUCUAAAAAAGAAGUUAAGUAGUAUUCAGUGGGCUGCCUUCAUUUUAUUGUGUGCAGGCUGCACCACUGCCCAACUGGAUCCGAGUUCUGACCGUGUCCUUCAAACUCCUUUUCAAGGUUGGUUGAUGGCAAUCGUCAUGGCUCUAUUUAGUGGCUUUGCUGGAGUAUACACGGAGGCUAUCAUGAAAAAACGACCUUCUAGGAAUAUAAAUGUGCAAAACUUCUGGUUGUAUGUGUUUGGGAUGAUCUUCAAUGUUGUUGCAAUACUUGUUCAAGAUUUUGACGCCGUCGUUGAGAAGGGAUUCUUUCACGGGUAUUCCCUGAUUACUGUUCUCAUGAUUUUGAACCAUGCACUGAGUGGGAUUGCUGUAUCAAUGGUCAUGAAAUAUGCCGACAAUAUUGUGAAGGUGUAUGCCACAUCAGUUGCAAUGCUGUUGACAGCAUUUGUGUCUUUCCUUUUUUUCGGGUUUCAAUUCUCUACGGCAUUCUUGCUGGGUUCCAUUGUUGUUUCCGUCUCGAUUUAUCUGCAUUCCAAUGGAGGAGUUCAGAGGCAGCAAUGA